AUGCCUGAGGAUAGCUUUGAUUGGCUUGGAGGAGAUGUAGAUGCAGAUGCAGAGGAGUUUGUUCCUGCACCCAACCGGAGCCUGCAUACAAAUUACUUGAUAGACAUGCUUGGAGGGAUGUUCUAUUCAGUUUUGGGUGUUUCUCUAGGAUUGAGGCUGAUGCUGUAUGCGUUCGGGGCAGAUCCAUAUGUGCUUGGGGUCAGCUUGAAUGUCAUACUUAUGAGCACCACUGUUGUGCCGCUUCUGUUUAUAGUGCUUGCGAUUCUGAGGGAUGCAGUGACGCUUACGGUGAUCAACAUGCGUCUUAUUGAGAACUCUGAAUCAAACACAAAGCUGCAAAAGCUCGCCAUGCUUUCUGUGUGGAUCCUGUGCUGCAUGUAUUGGCUGAGAUACGUGAAGGUUGUGUACGGAUACCAGUUUGAUAUUGUCAGGAGAGUUUUUGUAGCAGCGCUGAUAACAUCGAUUGCAUACUCGGUGACCACGCUGGCAAUAGCGUACUUUGAGACGUUCUUCAUGAAGCGAACACUGCGCAGCAAGCUUGACGAUGUCAAGAAGAGCGAGAGGAUUCUGUGCGCAAUGAAGAACUACAGAUACGACAUUUCUGAGUCUGUGAGCACGGCAACGCCCGAGUGUUCAUGCAAGGACAUGUUCUGUUUUAGAAUGGCGUCGGCCGAAAAUGCACCAAGGAGUGGGAGUGGAGAGUGUGAGGAGGGAUUCCAUAAGUUUGCAGGAGGCCUGAGGAUCAACCCGCCAGAGCUGCACAGGGUGAUGGAUGCAAAAACGCUUGCAAGAGAUGUGUUUGUGAGGGCAAGCAAAGGAAAGGACGAGCUUUCGUUCGACGACUUCAGCGUGAUCUUCCCAAGUGUGCAGGAUGCAUUGAAUGCAUUUGCAUUUUUUGACUCAAACAACGACAGGAUGGUUUCGAAGAAGGAGUUCCAGAGCACAAUAGUGUAUUUCUACAUGGAGCGAGUGAACCUGGAAAGGAAUGUCAAAAGGGCAGAGGACUUCAUCCGUGUUAUUGCAAACACACUGAUUUCUGCGGUGUUUGCAUGCUUGUGCUUCACGUACAUGAUUGUGUUUGGGAUUCCGCUGAAGGAGCUGUUGGCGCUGGCGCUGAGCGGGGCGCUUGCAUUCAAUCUGGUUGCAAGCGGGAUAGUUUGCGAUGUUUAUUACAACUUUAUGAUGCUGAUAAGCCACCAGUUUGAUGUUGGGGAUGAUGUAAUAGUGGACGGAAUUGAUUACAAGGUUCAUGAGUUUGGCCUAUCGAACACAUCACUGAUUAGCGAGAACGGAGGAAAGAUAAAGCUUCUGAACAGUGAUCUGUGGAAGAAGAAUCUGAUCAAUAUGACUCGUGCGCCAGAGAAGAUCAUUGUGUUUAACUUUGACCUAGAUCCGAGCAUAGACGUUGAUGUGUUUAUGCGAUUCAAGGCAAGGAUACAUGAGUUUGUGAAGUCAAGGCCGUUUGACUAUGAUGACUCGUUUUCUCUGCAGGCAAAGACAGAAGGAUUCACUAGCAUUGAUGUGCUUAGUUGCCUGAUGAUUCUCAAGUGCAAGGGAUACAAAAACAAGUCAAAGAAGUUUCUGCUCAGGGUGGAGAUGACCACUUUUUUGAGAUCACUGAUAACGGAAAUGGGCAUUGCUUUGCCGAAGUAG